AUGCAUCAUGAUGAAAUUGAGACAGCUCUGAGCUGCACCAUGCAGCUCUUCAAGAAGAUGGGCUCUCCAGGCAAUGCCAUGCCCCAAAGGGAGCUGCACAAGAGAGCUGAGCAGUUUUUCACAAAAGGAGUGCAAGAGCCCCAUGAAGGGGGAAUCACAACAGAAGGAACUCUUUCUGAUGCACUAUUCCAGAUAUUGCUGGGCAAUGAAGAUCUUUAUGAAGGAGAUGUCAAUGUUGUGGACAUCAACAAUGAUUGCGCUGAACAUCAGGACUGCCACUGCAUGCACCCUGUAAAGAGGGCCAGAGAUGUGCCAGAGGAGGAGGAAAGUGGGACAACUACCCCCACUUGUAGCAGAUGGGACACAAGUAAAGAGAAGGACUGGAGUGGGGAUGGGUGA